AACUAAGCUCACGGUUAAUAAUAACUCAAAAGAAAUUUGUUUCAUAAAAACUGUCAAUUCCUAAUAACAUUUUAUACUGUUGUACACAUGAAUGAACACUAGAUGGUGCCAGAGCUCCAUCAACUUAGUGAUGCCCGUAAAGGUGUGUUUGGAAAUUGAAUAACAUAUUCUGGCAACUUCCUGAAAACAAAAAUGAAACUAAACAUAAAAAACGAAUAUUAAAACGUUAGGCAUCUUUUAAAGUUUUAUUUUUUAAGCAUUUAAAUACUAAAACAAUAAUCUGUGGCAUUUAAACUAAAAAGAGGAGUGGGCUGCAUUACAAAGAUUUUAACAGAUAAUUGCUUCAUUUAAGUAAGAUUUCUUUGUGUUUUCUUUUUUUUUAAAUAUAUGUGCAUUCAUUUUUUGAAGAAAAAAAAUUGUGACCAAAUACUCUGCAUCUGAAUGUCUCUGAUGUACUGCUGGGCUCGGAAACGAGGAAAGUGGGAGUAUUCUAAAAAGUCACAUCCGGAUGUCUGGAGUCACUUUGUUUUCCUUCACUUCAGGUGAUGAAGCUGCGCUGACUGCCUGACUCCCCCGGACACCUGCGGAGUCUGUCCGGUCGCAGAAUCAGUGUGAAGCAGGAGCACGAUGAUCCCGGUUGGGGAACUCAAGAGCUUCUCUGUGCAGAACGCAGAGUUUCGGGUUCUCAAGCCGUGGUGGGACGUCUUCUCCGAGUACCUGUGUGUUGCCAUGCUUAUGAUUGGAGUCUUUGGAGCCACCCUGCAACUCACCCAGGAGAAAAUUUCCUGUUUGCCCAGCCACUUCACCAGCCCGACCCCCGAAGUCAUCGACUGCAGCCACAUCCGCAACUACAGAGACAAUGAGACGUCACAGAGCACGCCGGACAGACCAGCCAACCCCAUUAUUACAGAGGUGUUUGGACGAAAGAACAACCUGGACAUUCACCAAUAUGUGUUUGUCAACUUCUAUUGCUACGAACGCGCUGUCCACUGGUAUGCAAAGUACUUCCCAUACCUUGUUGUGAUCCACACCCUGAUCUUCAUGGUGGCGAGCAGCUUUUGGUUCAAGUUCCCUGGUACGUCUUCAAAAAUUGACCUAUUUGUCAACAUUCUGGGAAAGUGUUUCGAUUCGCCAUGGACCACGAGGGCGCUCAGUGAAGUUUCUGAGGAACAAAGAGAAGAGAAGCUGGAUAUUUUGAGAAGUAACACCAUGUCAAAGGAUGUUGGGGAGAGGAGAGUGGAUGAAGAGGAGAACGUGGGGCUUCUUCGUUCGGCCUCCGUCAAGUCUAACCCUGAAAAGAAAGUCACAGAUUCUCAGUCUCCUGAUUCUGUGUUGGACAAGAAGGAAGGGGAGCAGGCCAAAGCUCUUUUUGAAAAGGUGAAGAAGUUUCGGACUCAUGUGGAGGAGGCGGACAUCUUGUAUCACAUGUAUGUUCUGCAGACAUCACUAAAAGUCUUCAAGUUCCUUAUUAUUAUCAUUUACACUGCAGUGCUGGUACCAAACAUUGAAAUUGUCGUGCGAUGCUACGUUCCUCCUGAGCUGACUGGUUUUGAUAUCUAUUGCUGUAAUCACAACAAAGCCCAUCUCUUCUCCAAACUUGCCUAUGCCUAUAUUUGCUUUGUUGGAGUGUAUGGACUAAUGUGCAUCUACACCCUUUACUGGCUGUUUCACCGACCGCUGAGGGAGUACUCCUUUGAUCACGUCAGAUUUGAGACCGGCAUUAAUGACAUACCAGAUGUAAAAAAUGAUUUUGCGUUUCUCUUCCACCUUGUGGACCAGUAUGAUGCUCUUUAUCCCAAAAGGUUUGCCGUUUUUCUCUCUGAAGUCAGCGAGAGCCGCCUCCACCAGCUCAACCUCAACCAUCAGUGGACGACCAAAAAGCUGCGAACCCGCCUCACCAAGAACGCCAGAAACAACACAGAGCUUCACCUGUCAAGGCUUCCUGGGCUUCCUGACACCAUCUUUGAAAUUCCUGAAGUCCAGUCCCUGAAACUGGAGCAAAUUAGCAAUGUCACCAUCUCUCCAAUUGUGGCAAAACUGGAACUCUUGGAGGAACUAUCGCUGAUCUACUGCACUGCAAACCCGCAACCGUCUGCCCUGAACUACUUCAGAGGGCAUUUGAAGAUUCUGCAUCUGACUUUUGAGACUUUAGAGAAGAUCCCAUUGUGGAUCUACACCCUUCAGAGUCUGGAGGAGUUGUAUCUGUCCGGCCCUUUAACCAGCGAGGUUUCCAAAAGUCCAUCUCUGGAAUCACUGCGAGAACUCCGAGCUCUGAGAGUCCUCUAUCUCCGCUCCAACCUCCGAAAGAUUCCCCCCAGUAUUGGAGAUGUUGCUUCAAAGUUACAGAAGUUGUGCAUCCACAAUGAGGGCUUCAAGAUCCAGGCUUUCAGCAGCCUGAAGAAGCUCAGCAGCCUCGUGUCAUUGGAGUUAGUGGCCUGUGAUCUUGAACGCAUCCCAAGUGCUGUCUUCAGUCUUAGCAACCUUGAAGAGCUGGACUUAAAGGAAAACAAACUGAACACUGUGGAAGAGAUCCUGAGUCUACAGCACUGCCGGCGCCUAGUGACGCUCCGACUGUGGCACAAUAAAAUCACCUACAUUCCAGAUCACAUUAGCAAGCUGCGCGCCUUAGAGACUCUCAACCUCAGCUGGAACAAGCUACGAAAACUGCCCUCUCGGCUCUUUUACUGCACCAAGCUGAGGCAUGUCGACGUCUCCCACAACGAGCUCACCUAUUUGCCCCUCGAGGUGAGCAUCCUGCAGGGUCUUCAGUUCUUCUCCGCUGCUUUUAACUCCUUGGAAUCACUACCGGAAGAGCUGUUCUCCUGCAAAAAAAUAAAAACACUCAAUCUGAGCAACAACCGUUUAUCCUAUCUCAGCCCCAGAGUGGCCAACCUUUCUCAGCUGCUGCGACUAGACGUCAAAGGGAACCGCCUGGAGUCUUUACCUGUGGAGAUAGGGGACUGCCCGCUGCUUAAGUCCAGUGGGCUGAUGGCUGAGGACAGUUUGUUGGAUCAGCUGCCCUCAGAUCUACGAGACAAGCUGACUGAAGGAUGAGAAUGUGGAGAUGAGAACUUUACGGACUGUUUUUAGAAGAGCAAGUUGAAUCAAAAACUGCACAAGUAUUCCUCAAUGAAGCACAAGGAUUACCUGAAGUACAGAGCAAAAGACUAACAAGAACAAAAUCAAGUUUGUGUUAAUGAGAGAGUUUGAAUAAAAAACUUAAGGUUAUUUAAAAGAAUCUGGUGUCACUACUGGUGCAGAUAUCAGUUGGCUCCAACAUAUUUGGUAACACUUUCUUUUACAGUACAGUAUUACAGGUUAUUUGGCAUUAGCAUACUUUUGUUGUACCCACUGGUUUCUUAAGUGGCAUUUGCUGUGUAUUUAAUAGUACUAUUUGGUUCAUACUUACCUGGUACCCACUACUGGAUGUUUAUGUAAAAUCUACUUCAGGAAUGUCCAAAUCCAGGCCUCGAGGGCCGGCCUCCUGCUGGUUUUCCAGAAACCCUGCCUUAUCUGCCACUGCACCACACGGCAGCCGUGGCGCAGCGGUAGGGCAGUGGACCUAUGAUUGGAGGAUUGCAGAUUCGAUUCCCGCCUUGUCUGCCCAUGCGUCAAGUGUCCUUGGGCAAGACACUGAACCCCAAAUUGCCUCUGAUGGAAGGUUGGCCCCAGUGUUUGGCACCAUCAGUGUGGGAAUGGGUCUGUGACUGUGAAGCACUUUGGGCCUUCAAGGAAGGUAGAAAAGCGCUAUGCAAGUAUACGCCAUUUACCAUUUGAUUACCUGGAUCAGGUGUGUUUAGCAAAUAAGGAGCUUCAAUGGCAGGAUGGUUGGAAAACACGUAGGGUGCUGGCCCUCGAGGCCUGUAUUUGGACAGCCCUGACCAACUGGGUAAUAAUGUUGGGUGAUUAGUUUAGUUCCCUACAGGGUACUUUCGCACUGAAUUAAUACGACUCUUGUGGUAUGUAUCGCAUACAAGGACAGGCUAAGUACACUUAAAGUACUUUAAAUAUGCUUCACUUUUUAGGUGGUUUCUGAGUGUUUACCAUGAAGUAGUGCCCAGAAUUUACUUUCUGCCUUCUUGAUAACUUUAUUUGCAUUUCAUGAUACUCCCCAUAUGUCAGAUCAUAGGCAUAUUUAUGUGGUACUUCAUUGUGUUGUUCAUAGUAAUUACCAGUAAUGAAAAUAGAGUAAGUACACAGAAAAUGUAAUUUAAUUCAUGUUAAAUUUACAUUUUCACUGUGUUUCAUGGUACUUCAGCUACACAAUAACUACCGUUUAAGCACAACAAAAAUAUCAUGUAAGUACCACUUCAUUACCGUGCAAGUAAUGUACUGUAAUAGAAAGUGUUACACAUACCAAGGAUUAGUAAGCCCUGCCUUAGAUUAGUAUGUGAACAAAACAUGGACUCAACACUGUACACAAACAGAGCAGCGAGCUAACGCUGGCCACAAUCAUUCAGGCCUUUGUGUUGUUUUUGGGGAGAUCUGUGUGCUCUGUCAUGUUGAACAGGUUUAUUAAGCCUGAGGAGGAGCGUCCAGUUCUGUGUUGGCUCAUGUUGCUCCCUUUCUGGUUCAGAACAAACAGACAAAAAAGGUCUGUCAGUUGCCUGAUAAAAGCUCUGUGUUCAGACACAUGGAGAAAAGACUGAAUUUACAACUUUUCUGUAUGUUAACAUGAAAAACCCUCAAAUGUACAUUUAUUUCUUAGUUUUUUUUUGUCUUUUAAAUAAAAUUACAUCUUUUUUGUAAAAUUUCAGAGAUAUAUCAUGAUGGUUUUUUUAGACAACUCUGAAACAGUUCAGUAUUAUCUUUUUUAAAUCACUUUACAGACUUAAUCUAAAAAAAUGACAAAACAAGUGAAAUUAGACAAAAUGGGCUGAAGGCAAUUCCUGUAAUUACAGAUCGUAGUGAAAUAAACAUCUGAUUUUGCAGAAGUUUCAGAAAAAAAAGUAUUUCUGUGUGUUAGUCUGUCUUGGUUGAAGCUUUUGAAAACAGCUGAUCUCC